AUGUCCAAAGUGAACUUGGAGGCCAUGUGGGAUGCGAUUUCUGCAGAACGAGCAGUCUAUCUGAACACCAUCAACUCAUAUGAAUGGAUGUCUGGCCAAAUGUACCUUGGUGGCAAGCUUCAGAAAAAAAACUGCAGUGUCUGUGUCUUUAAUGCUGUCAUUAGUGACAAGAUAUGGGAACUCAGAGAAAAUGGUAUAUCUCAAGUGCUUAUUUACUCAGGAGAAUGUAUUGGCAGAGAUACUCUUGUGCGGGUGACCAGAGAAGUCAGCGAGUCUGGAGAAUGGAAAAUGCUCUCCACUGAAGAAAAAGAAGAACUUCUGGAGCACAUGCAGGACAUUAGGGACUCGAAGGCAGCAAAGAAAGUUACUGGUAAGGAGGCAGCGGUUGAUAUAGAAAACACUAUGUCUGCAGUUCAGUCCAAGGUGGAUGCCUAUGUGGCAUCGGGGGCAGCUGGUGUCAUCAAGGUGACCAGUGGUCACAAGUCUGUUGAUCUCAAAGCUGAGAUCCGAGAAAUGAUUCGAAUUGGGAUGUAUGAAAUCUUGACUAAGGAGAGAGGCGUAUCAGAAGAUAAUGUCCCUGUGAUGGACUACACUGCAUAUGAGGGCUUUGUCUGGGGAGUUGAGCUAGCUGGUUGGACAGAGGGGCAAGUCACCAAUCCAGGCAACAUUACGUACUUUGAUUGCGCUCGCACAUCUUCAUGCUGCACUCAAGAACCACAACUGUGA